UCCAGGGCUGUCAAGGGCACCGGCCCAGCUGCAAGAGCCCAUCCUCAGGCUCUUCCGCCAUGGGGUGGCCGUUCCCAGCGCUUUGGCUGCUUCUGGCUCUGCUGUUGCUGCCGCUUCCUGCGCUGCCACAGGCGCUGAGCCGGGUGCACUGCCCCGCGCCCUGCAGCUGCCCGACAGACGGCGCGCUGCGCUGUCCUGGACCGCUGGCUGGCCUCACCCAACUAUCACUUGGCUAUCUCCCUAUCAACGUAAUUCCACCUCAAGCUUUCAGAGGACUUAAUGAGCUCAUAAAAAUUGAAAUUUCUCAGAGUGAUUCCCUGGAAAAGAUAGAAGCCAAUGCCUUUGACAACCUCCUCAAUUUGUCUGAAAUACUGAUCCAGAACACCAAAAACCUGGCAUACAUCGAGCCUGGAGCGUUUACGAAUCUCCCCCGGUUAAAAUACUUGAGCAUCUGUAACACUGGCAUUCAAAAGCUUCCAGAUGUUACAAAGAUCUUCUCUUCUGAAUUUAAUUUCAUUCUGGAAAUUUGUGAUAAUGUACACAUAACCACCAUACCAGGAAAUGCUUUUCAAGGGAUGACUAAUGAGUCCACAACACUCAAACUAUAUGAAAACGGAUUUGAAGAAAUACAAAGUCAUGCAUUCAACGGGACAACGCUGAUUGCCCUGGACCUCAAGGGAAAUGCCCGCCUGAAGAAGAUACACAAUGGAGCCUUCCAGGGGGCCACGGGGCCUGCCAUCUUAGAUAUUUCUUCCACCAAACUGCAGACCCUACCUAGCUAUGGGCUGGAGUCCAUUCAGAAGCUAAUUGCCACAUCAUCCUAUUAUCUAAAAAAAUUGCCACCAAGAGAAAAAUUCACCAACCUCCAGGAUGCCAUAUUGACUUACCCCAGCCACUGCUGUGCUUUUAGAAACUUGCCAGCAAAAGAGCAGAAUUUUUUAUUUUCCAUUUUUGAAAACUUUCCCAAACAAUGUGAAAGCACAGCACGGAAACCAGACAAUAAAACGUUUUAUUCUGCCAUCUUUGCUGAGAGUGAACUGAGAGGCUGGGAUUAUGACCAUGAUAUCUGCUCACCCAAGACAGUCCGAUGUACUCCUGAACCAGAUGCUUUUAAUCCCUGUGAAGAUAUUAUGGGCUAUGACUUCCUUAGGGUCUUGAUUUGGCUGAUUAAUGUCCUAGCCAUCAUGGGAAACAUGACUGUCCUCUUUGUUCUCCUGACCAGUCAUUAUAAACUGACAGUGCCCCGUUUUCUCAUGUGCAAUCUCUCCUUUGCAGACUUUUGCAUGGGGAUCUAUCUGCUGCUCAUUGCCUCUGUUGAUUUCCAAACCAAAGGCCAGUAUUAUAACCACGCCAUAGACUGGCAGACAGGAAGUGGGUGCAGCGCGGCUGGCUUCUUCACUGUAUUUUCAAGUGAACUUUCUGUCUACACCCUCACGGUCAUCACACUAGAAAGAUGGCACACCAUCACCUAUGCUGUUCGGCUGGACCACAAGCUACAGUUAAGACAUGCCAUUCUGAUUAUGCUUGGAGGAUGGCUCUUUGCUACUCUAAUUGCCAUGUUGCCCCUUGUGGGUGUGAGCAAUUACAUGAAGGUUAGCAUUUGCCUCCCCAUGGAUGUGGAAACCACUCUCUCACAAGUCUACAUAUUAACCAUUCUGAUACUCAAUGUGGUGGCCUUCAUCAUCAUUUGUGCUUGCUAUAUUAAAAUUUAUUUUGCAGUUCAAAAUCCAGAGCUGAUGGCUGCCAACAAAGAUACAAAGAUUGCUAAGAAAAUGGCAGUUCUCGUCUUCACUGAUUUCACCUGCAUGGCACCUAUCUCUUUUUUUGCCAUCUCAGCUGCCUUCAAAGUGCCCCUUAUCACAGUAACCAACUCUAAAGUUUUACUGGUUCUUUUUUAUCCUGUCAAUUCUUGUGCCAACCCAUUUCUGUACGCGAUUUUCACAAAGGCAUUCCGGAGGGAUUUCUUUCUGUUGCUGAGCAAAUUUGGCUGCUGUAGACAUCGGGCUGAACUUCAUAGAAAAAAGGAUUUUUUAGCUUAUACCUCCAACUGCAAGAAUGGCUUCACUGAAUCAAAUAAGCCUUCCCAGUCCACCUUGAAGCUGACGACAUUGCACUGUCAAUACACAGUUGAUGAAACUUGUUGUAAAGAGUGUUAACUCUUCCAUCAGUAACCACAUUAUUGAACUAUACCUAAAUAUGUAAAACAUUAUCUGUACCACUAAUUUUAACAAAGAGGUGGCUUUAAGGAAGUUAUUUAUUCUUAGGCAUGUUAGGCAAAGAAAGGCCUAGAACUCGUUCAAAGUAUAGUCUGUGACAAUUACCAGUCCAAAAACUACUUGUCAUUGGUACAUGAUGAUACAUGAUACAGAAGAUGAGAGUGUUAGAAACUUUUAUAGUAAUUUUGACAGAGUAAUUUUAUGUCUGUUGACUCUAGUAUAAAAAAAUUAAGUGACAUUUUACAUAUCUUUGAUUUUUUCCUCAUUUCAAAAUCUUUGUAGCAAGUUUUUAUUGCAUUUUACAAAAAUAUUAAGCUGUAACAGAUUUGAAAUUUAAAAUAACUCGUCCUUUUCUUCAGACAGUUUGAGAAACACACUCUAGAGAUGCACUGUUCCAUCUGGUAGCCACUAGCCACAUGUAGCUAAAUUUAAAUUAAAUUAAAUUAUAAAUGUAGUUCCUCAGUUGCACUAGCCUCAUUUCAAAUGCUCAGUAGCUUCACAUGCCCAGUGGUUACUGUAUUGGACAAGACAGAUACAGAACAUUUUCAGCAUCAGAGAAAGUUCUUUUGGAUAGUGCUGUUAGAGAGACUUUCAUUCAUCCCCUGUCUAGGCUCUAUUAUUUAACAUUUAAUGUAAGUUAAGCAUCUAAAGGCACUUUUCAGCCUAUUUUCUUGAUUCAGUGUUUAGCUUCUCAAGACCAAUAAAAUAGUCAAUGAAAUGGAGUCUCCUUAUGGGUAGGAACUGAUCUCAACUGUUGUUUUCCUGUCUCUUAAAGUUCAAGAUCUUGGCACUGGUACGCAAUAAAUGUGCUGAGCCACACUGAAGUUACAAAAUCUAUAAGGAAAAAAAUGGGUUUUUUUCCCUUUCAAGGGUCCCAUCUUUUUAUUUACCUAAGUAAAAGGAAAUACUUAAAUAUUUAAAAAUAUUUAAUUUUCACACUUUCUGUCCUUUGGAGGGUGGCAAAGAAAUAUACUUAUAUAUCCAAUAUUUGCUAGAAAAUACUUUAAUCUAUCAGAAUUAAUUCAUAUAGGAUAAAGAAAUUAUGUUUUUAACUG